AUGCCUUUUGCAACAGCGGCGUACCGUAGUACUCCACAGGAAUCAAUGGGGGAAACGCCCAACAUGGUCAUGCUUGGCAGGGAAGAUUCCCUUCCAAUCGAUCUGACAAUUGAGGAACCAUCUGCAGAGGAGGAGACGCAAGACUUGGACUAUGCCCAAGAGAUGCAGAUGAGGAUGCAGGGAUCUCAUGACAGAGCCCGUAAGUGCCUUGCGAAGAGUGCCAGGAGGCAGAAGCGCCACUACGACAGGAACGUCUGCAAGGAACAGUUCGUCAAGGGCAAGUUCUGCUGGUUGUUUAACCCAGCCAAAAAGAAAGGGGUAUCUCCAAAGUUGAUGUGCAGGUGGGAAGGUCCAUACCUGAUACUGGGCAAACUAUCCGACGUGACUUAUAGGAUUCAACAGAAGAGUGGGGGAAAGAUGAAGGUUGUCCACAGUGACCGCCUCAAGCCCUAUGAGGGAAAACCAUUGAAGCCUUGGGCCAAAAGUAGUCAGGAGGAAGAAAAUCAAGUUUCUCCAGAAACUCAGCUACAAGAGAUAAGUGAAGUGAGCCAAGGUAGUGACCAGGAAAAACAGGCCUCACCUGAAGUAGAGUCACUUGAGGAAGCCAAUCUCCCUGAAACAGAGGAGUUAGCAGGAGCAGAUGAGCUGAUGGGAAGUAAGGAGUCAAUUCAAGAGAACUUGACACCGGAGGCACAGGCGGGACAUGUGCAACCCUCAGUACCGGCUAGAACUGAAACAGCACCUGCGCCGGCAGGGCAAAGCCGAACGCGGGCGAGAAAGAACCCACUGCGCCAGCGGCGGCCACCUCAGCGAUAUCGUUAA